AUGCAGAUUUGGCCUUAAGAACAGAUGCACGGUUCAAAGUUUCAGAUAUUUAUUAUGCUUUACUAAUGCUGUAGGAGGCUUUGGAGAAAAGCGUCCGCCAGGUGUGUAGGUGUAAAUGUAAACGCAGAGCGCAGUGCUAGGUGUUCAUUACUGCCCCGAAGGACUGUACGGCAGCGUUCCGUACAAUAUGGCGACACCGGGACAGCAUCGCACUUCCGCGCAUGCGCAGAUGGAGCGUGACGACAGCAGAAAUAACAACAACAACAAGUCGGCUGACUCGCGAUGACUUGCACUCUCGAAUUGCACAGCAACUGUGACCGCACGCUGAUAAAGCUGGUCGCUUGAGUCACGCUAACUGCGGCAAAUCGGCUCCCCGGUAAAAGUGCGAACUGUUCAUCGGGUUCGCCUUGUUGAGACGCUCGUGCAGCGCGUGAGGGGGCUGGACGGGGACGUGGACGUGGACGAAGGCAGCGCAGGUGAGCAGCAGCUGAGCAGGGUUAAAAACCGUUCUACACGAUGAGAGUGCGAAGCGUUUUGAAAACCGUGCUCAGUGUUGAGCAGGCAGAGGGAGUGGGAGCCCGGGUUCGACGGAGCAUCGGCCGCAAGGAGCUAAGAAACUUGGAUCCGUUUCUGAUGUUAGACGAGUUCAGGGUGAGCAAGCCGGCAGGAUUCCCUGACCAUCCCCACAGAGGCUUUGAAACAGUGACCUACCUUUUACAGGGUGUUUCUGCCCAUGAGGAUUUCUGUGGGCACAGCGGGAUACUGAAGCCUGGAGAUCUGCAGUGGAUGACAGCGGGCCGCGGGGUGGUCCACGCGGAGAUGCCCAUGUCCGACGAACCCAUCCACGGUCUCCAGCUGUGGGUGAACUUGCGGGCAGCUGACAAGAUGGUGGAUCCUCAGUACCAGGAGCUGAAGAGCGCGGAGGUCCCUAAGCCGAGUCAAGGCGGCAUCACGGUCGCUGUCAUCUCAGGCGAGGCCCUCGGGGUCAAGUCGAAAAUCUACACAAGGACCCCAACAACCUACCUUGACUUCAAACUGAACCCAGGAGCGGCUCAUCAACAGCCCAUACCUUUAGGAUGGACCGCAUUUAUCUACACCCUUUCCGGACGUCUUCACGUCGGUCCUGAUGAUAAUCAAAGUGAAAUAGAGCCUCAUCAUACUGUGGUUCUGGGAGAUGGAGAUUGUGUUAAAGUUGAAAACAAGGGAUCGGAAGUUUCUCACUUUGUGCUGAUCGCUGGAGAGCCCAUCAAUGAGCCAGUUGUCCAGCAUGGUCCUUUUGUCAUGAAUACAAAUGAAGAAGUCAACCAAGCAAUGAGCGACUUCAGGUCUGCGACCAACGGGUUCGAAAGGGCAAAAUCAUGGAGAUCCAAAAUACGCGAUUCCUCGUAAUACAUAUUUAUAAUUCACUUCAGGGUUUCUGCAGAUUUCAGUCUUGACAGUUGCUGAGUUUUCGUCUUUGUUUUUUAAAAUCUUUUCACGAACGCGGCUAUGUUAUUUCACCGUUCAAGGGAUCACUGACAUUAAUAUUCUGUGUCUAGUUACAAGUUGCUGACAAAAUACCUUUAGCUUCUUAUGAAUCAUGGUGAAAACAUUCCUAAUAUUAAUUUGAUGCAUAUCACAUAAUCUUUACAAUAUAGUCUUUAACUAUUAUGUAGAGGCAAUUUAUAUUUUUAUACUAUAUAUAUCUGCCUUUCAGUUAUAGAAUUUCUUGGUCAUUUUAGCUGGGUCUCUGCAUUGUAGAGCAUUACCUUACUAUGACUCUGUAUUUUCAGAAAUUUUUAUGAUGACUGUCCGAAAUAAAGCUUUCUUCAAUAAAUAAGAUACUAAUUUAUAUGCCAUU